AGCGAGCGGCCGCGCCCCCCGCGCUGCCAAGCUGCGAGCCCACAUCAUGGAUGGCGAGCUCUCAGGUUUCGCCUGGCUCGCCCUGGCAUCCCAGACCCCAGACGACCAGCGGGAUUCAUGAGCCGCUUGCAGGGGCCGGGGCAGGGGCCUCUGGCUCCCAAAACUGGCCAAGAGGUGGGUCCCGGGGCGGGUCGCUGCUUCCGAGGCCGGGCGGGGACGCGCUGCCUCCGCCCUGCCUCCCUGUGGUCCACACCCCCUUCGGGCUCCGCAGCCUGCCGGCUGGGAUAACACUGGGUGCGCAAGAGCUGGCGCUGCCAGCCUCGCUACUGCCCGGGGUUCGGGUCCCAGGUGCUGAGGACGAGGCACCUGAGUCCUCCUCGCCUGCCCCUCCUCCCUGUUCACCUGCCCUGUUCGUCCACUCGCCUUAAAAGGCCAGCGGCUCCAGCCCAGACGGAGGAGCCGGCAGGGGAGAGCGCACCUGAGGAUACACAGCUGGCCCUGCUCAGCCUUUUCACCCCUAGGUGAUGAGUGAGGCCAGGAGAACACAAGAUUUAAAAAGCAACCGGGGCCUCCUCCGUAUUGAAUGAACGACCCAGAGCAAAGGCAUCACCAUGAACACGAGCAUUCCUUACCAGCAGAGUCCGUACAGUCCCCGGGGCAGCUCCAAUGUCAUCCAGUGCUACCGCUGUGGAGACACCUGCAAAGGGGAGGUGGUCCGCGUCCACAACAACCACUUCCACAUCAGAUGCUUCACUUGUCAAGUAUGUGGAUGCGGCCUGGCCCAGUCCGGCUUCUUCUUCAAGAACCAGGAGUACAUCUGCACCCAGGACUACCAGCAGCUCUAUGGCACCCGCUGUGAUAGCUGCCGGGACUUCAUCACGGGCGAGGUCAUCUCCGCCCUGGGCCGCACCUACCACCCUAAGUGCUUCGUGUGCAGCUUGUGCAGGAAGCCUUUCCCUAUUGGAGAUAAGGUGACCUUCAGUGGUAAAGAAUGCGUAUGUCAGACGUGCUCCCAGUCAAUGACCAGCAGCAAGCCCAUCAAGAUCCGUGGACCAAGCCACUGUGCUGGAUGCAAAGAGGAGAUUAAACAUGGCCAGUCACUCCUGGCACUGGACAAGCAGUGGCACGUUAGCUGUUUCAAAUGCCAGACCUGUAGCGUCAUCCUCACUGGGGAAUACAUUAGCAAGGACGGUGUUCCUUACUGCGAGUCUGAUUAUCACUCCCAGUUUGGCAUCAAAUGUGAGACUUGUGACCGGUACAUCAGUGGCAGGGUCUUGGAGGCAGGAGGGAAACACUACCACCCUACUUGUGCCAGAUGUGUACGCUGCCACCAGAUGUUCACUGAAGGGGAGGAGAUGUAUCUCACAGGUUCUGAGGUGUGGCACCCGAUCUGCAAGCAGGCAGCCAGGGCAGAGAAGAAGCUCAAGCAUAGACGGACUUCUGAAACUUCCAUCUCGCCCCCUGGGUCCAGCAUUGGGUCGCCUAACCGAGUCAUCUGUGCUAAAGUGGAUAAUGAGAUCCUUAAUUACAAAGACCUGGCAGCUCUCCCCAAGGUCAAAUCCAUCUACGAGGUGCAACGCCCCGACCUCAUUUCCUACGAGCCUCAUUCCAGAUACACCUCUGACGAGAUGCUGGAGAGAUGCGGCUAUGGAGAGUCACUGGGAACAUUAUCUCCUUACUCCCAGGACAUCUAUGAGAACCUAGACCUCCGACAGAGACGGGCCUCCAGCCCCGGAUACAUCGAUUCCCCCACCUACAGUCGGCAAGGCAUGUCUCCCACCUUCUCUCGUUCACCUCAUCAUUACUACCGCUCAGGGCCUGAGAGUGGCCGGAGCUCCCCAUAUCAUAGCCAAUUAGAUGUGAGGUCCUCCACUCCAACCUCUUACCAGGCUCCCAAGCACUUUCACAUCCCAGCUGGAGAAAGUAACAUCUACCGAAAACCCCCGAUCUACAAACGGCAUGGCGAUUUGUCCACAGCAACCAAGAGCAAAACAAGUGAAGACAUCAGCCAGGCCUCCAAGUAUAGUCCAGCCUACUCUCCAGACCCCUACUAUGCUUCCGAGUCGGAGUAUUGGACCUACCAUGGGUCCCCCAAAGUGCCCCGAGCCAGAAGGUUCUCAUCUGGAGGAGAGGAAGAGGAUUUUGACCGCAGUAUGCACAAGCUCCAGAGUGGGAUUGGCCGGCUGAUCCUGAAGGAAGAGAUGAGGGCACGAUCAAGCUCCUAUGCGGAUCCUUGGACCCCUCCACGGAGCUCCACCAGCAGUCGGGAGGCCCUGCAUACCUCUGGCUAUGAGAUGUCCUUCAAUGGCUCCCCUCGUUCACACUACCUGGCUGACAGUGAUCCUCUCAUCUCCAAAUCUGCCUCACUGCCUGCCUACAGGAGAAAUGGGCUGCACAGGACACCCAGCGCAGACCUCUUCCACUACGACAGCAUGAACGCAGUCAACUGGGGCAUGCGAGAAUACAAGAUCUACCCAUAUGAGCUGCUGCUGGUGACCACAAGAGGAAGGAACCGACUGCCAAAGGAUGUGGACCGGACUCGCUUAGAGCGCCACCUGUCCCAGGAGGAGUUCUACCAGGUCUUCGGCAUGACCAUCUCCGAGUUCGAGAGGCUAGCCCUCUGGAAGAGGAAUGAACUGAAGAAGCAAGCCCGGCUGUUCUAGGCGGAGGCUCUAUACAUAUAGAUGCAUUUAUAUAAAGAUGUAUGUAAAUCUCUAUCCUGACACGAAGUAUAAUCCUCUUGUAUAAUGGGACACCACAUGCUGCCUGCUGUGAGACUUGCUUUUCUGUACUGUCAGGCGAGCCCACAUCAUCGAGGUAUUUUUACGCUCCUUCUCUUUUUCUACGUGCUGUGGGAUCUGGGAAGGGAUCUGAAGGGACUCCAUCCUUUUGCUGGGGAUCCUUUUUAUACUGAAACAUCUAUCCCACCUUGAGUCCCCAAGGUCUGACUCUCCUUCUAAAAAGGUGCCUCGAGGAGCCUCUACUCCCCAUUUCAGGACCUUUCCCCAGCCUCCAGGGCUGACACUGGCCAUGAAGUUUUCACACACCGUGGUCACAGAUGGGCCCUCCGGUGGAAAGUCUGUGACGAUCCACCCAAAUCAGUGAGCACCUUUGAGGCCUCGUAAAGAAUUCUCUCCACACAUCCAAAUAGGAGCUCGGUGCUCCAUGGGGUGAUGCGGUUAGAGGUGAGGUCCUCAAACCCAUUGCUUACACCAGUACAGAGGGGAUGGGCCCUGGCCUCUCCUAAACUCAGCACCCCUCCUCCUUCCACCCUUGGUCCUUCGCACUCCCUCAUGGAAAUCUAGAAUUCACAGUAGGAAACAGAAAAAGGCACUUCCCUCCCCUCAACCACCUGCAACCAGCUCUUCUCCCCCACCUCAGUGGUCCCAGUGCCCCCCAACCCUUCCCCCAUUCUAGGAGAGGCCAUUGUUGCAGCCUGUACUCUUCAGCCCUAUUACAACCUAUGUGCCUGAUGAUCUACACACCACAGGGCUAAUGUUCCCACCAUAGCUCCAGUGAGCAUCCAGACACACUUACCACCCUGUGCAGGGAGAAUAGGCCACACCCCAAAGAAAAAUCUUGGCCUAGGCCACUGGUCCCUAGAGGGCAAGACAUUCAUAAUCAGACCUCCACCCAUCAUCCCCUGGUAAUGCUAUGACAUGAGCUGGGUCUCAAAGGGGAAGCUUUCAGAAGCGUGGCUGUUGAGAGGACUCCAGAAUGACGCUUUGACCGAUACUGCUCAUGUUCUGCCCCUCGGUGGCCUCAGGGAUGGACUCUCCUGCUUUCUGGGACAGGUGAGAACAGAGCCUUCUCACACCCCCACUUCAAUUCUGAGUCAUUGACUGGUGGCAGCUCUUCCCUCUUGGAGAUGCCUGUGUCACAGUACUUGGGGGUCCCAGUGGAAAGAUGGAGACGUUUAAAAGGACAAUUAUGACGCACAAGAAGCUGGUGAUGUGAUGUGGUGAGUGUAGAACUGACUUCAGCAAAUCGUUCCCUGAGCACCUGCUGAUGCAACGCACCUGCUGACUGCUGAGCACUGAGUCGGGGGGAGGGGGAGGGGCACCGGGAUGACUCAUAGAAGGCCCUAGUUUCUGGGGCAUGCCUAGUUAAUGGGAGACCUGGUAAGAUGUGUGCCAGACUAACGGAUGCAAGGCAGAAAGUGAUGGACGGACGGACGGAGGCCUGAGAAAGUGUGUGGGAUGUUGCUGAAGGCGUGUGCAGUUGGUUGCAGACCAACGAGGAGGCUUCUGGAAGAGGUUGCAUGCAAGCAGAAUCAGGAAGGAUCUGAGGAAUCUGCACGCUGGAAGGGUGACAGGGUGGAGGGACUGGAAGGGAAGUUUAAUGUUCUCUCAUUUAAGAUCUCACCUCCCUGCAACUUCUCUCUUUGGCCAAUGUCUUUCAACUUUCCUGACCCAUUAGAAAUGUCCCCAGCCAGAUGCAAUCAUGGAAACUGCCUCAUUGUCACUGGUUAACAACUUGUGAGACUGAAGGGCUUUUGUUAUUGUUGUUGGGUAUUUUUGUUUGUUUGUUUUGCCAUAAAAGCACACCAUUUCAACCCAAA